AUGUUUAAGAGAACGCUCAAGCAAUGGCAUUGCUCGGAAUUAACUUAUAGUCAUCAUGUAUGUAUAUCGUAUGUUUUAUCCUUUGCUAAUUCCGUUUCUGGUGUUUUUAACCUAUUUUCAGACCAGUUCACAGUCCUCUUAAACAGGCAGCUAAACGUGACCGAUCCACUUCACAAGUUAACCGACUAUACCUAUCUCAUUGAAAAUAUCCAGAAUUUGGCGGAAGAUAUCAGUGAUAAAUCCAUCCAGUACGUGGCAGAUAACGAUCCACCGUAUUUCAAAAAAAUCGGCCAGCUUCUGAAGAAACGGUUCUGGGAAAUCAGUCACAGGACGAGGGACCUGAACAUGGAUUUGGUAGCACCGUUCCACACGAAUGAGGAAUAUCUUAUAGAGGAAGCUUCGGAUAAUUGCAUUGCUGAGUUCUUUGGCACCUGGGUCGGUGCUACUCGGUCAUGUGACAUAUCAGACCAAUGCUGGACCUCAAUGACCGGUACUGGCUACAUCGGCUAUUCUCUGUCUCAUGAAUUAUUUUAUCUUCAAAUCGGACAACAGUUUGGUUGUUUAAAAGAAGUGGAAGCGAAAGCUGCACGGUACAGCCAGCCAUCGUUGGACACUCUAGCCGAAGGAUUCUGUUCAGAAAUUUGUGAAGACAUCGUUGGUCUGUGCGGAAUGCAAGGUUACCAUCAAUUUAUGAAGCCAGACUGGUUGGAACAAAUCUUAAGCUGGCAGUCAACAAAUGGAUGUUAUCGUAGCUGGCCACUGGAAUAUAUAACACAAGGUCGACAGAGACGAAAAAAGCGCGAAGAGAAAGUUCUGGAUAAUGGCUGCAUGUGUCACAGAACGACUGUAGCUUCUGUUGCUCUUUCACAGUACACUCGCUACUUAUUAGAAACUUUAGCCAAACGCAUUUCGCUGCCAGCGCUCUUACUAACCAAGCCUGUGUGGUAACGAGUCCCUUGUGCAAAACAACAGCCCCUUGUGUGUGACCUGGCAUGUAGAGAGACGCUCGGCCCCCGCGUGUAACCUGACUAUGUAGACACAUCACGUGUAAAUCAUCAAGCUCGCUGUGUAACCAAUGUCCAAAGUCCUUCUGUGGUUGUUUAUUACGUUUCAUGUCUGCAAUAACAAUAUAUCUAUUAUUCUAUC